AUGGAGUGCCAGGUUCGCGCUGGCUUCAUCGGGCGCCAGCGGCAGGUGGAGGCAGCGCAGAUGCACGAGGAGCGCGGGCGGCUGCUAGAGCAGCAAGCCGCAGAGGCGUCGCUGCAGGGCCUGAAAGGCGACUUCAAGGCACAGGUGCUGGCGCGAUGUGAGCCCUGGGCAUCCCAAUACCGAGAGCUGAAGAUGAGGUACAAGUUUCUGAUCUUUGAGAGGAGGCUUGCAGAGUAG